AUGUGUUUCUUUUAUUCUUCUUUCGAUUUUUCGACAGAUCACUUUGAAGGUGACUUAUAUGGAUCAGUGAAGAUGACGUUAACAGACAACAGCAAAUACCCGGUGUCCAGUCAACCGCCUCUUGGACCCGUUGGUAGCCAAGCGAACGCUGCCGUUUCUGUAGCAGCAGGGACUCAUGCCAAUGCUAACAAAGAAGCCGUCCAUCACUGGGAUAUCAACGAUUCCAUGUUGCCUAUGGUGUCUCGUUUUGAUGCCUUCCAGGAAUGGCCGAAUGGUCACUGUCGAUUUGUCUAUAGCGUCGAGUUAGAUGAAGCUCGACGACACGCCAGUGGUUGGGCAAUGCGCAACACCAACAAUCAUAAUGUUCACAUACUCAAAAAGUCAUGCCUUGGCGUCCUCGUUUGCAGUCUGGACUGCUCAGCUCCGGAUACUGGUGACAAAGUUCAUUUACGCCCGGCCAUUUGUGACAAAGCUCGCCGCAAGCAAAUUGGUAAACCUUGUCCGAAUUCGAAAUGUGCUGGUCAUUUAGAGUUGCUUUCGUGCCGAGGUCAUUGUGGUUAUCCUGUGACUCAUUUUUGGAGACACGUUAGUGGUGCUAUUUAUUUCCAGGCAAAAGGCGUUCAUGAUCAUCCAAGACCAGAAGUCAAAGCCUCGGCCGAAGCAAGGCGACAGCAUCAGAAUUCCAAGCAGCAGAAACGAUUACAGGCUCGGGCCUAUCAAAGCAAAAGAAGAGGUCGCCAAUUAUCGGCAGAACGAACAGCGAAACGACAACGAGUUUCGCAAACAAGUUCAGCAGUACUUUGUUCGUGUCCGCCAUUCGAAUGUACGUGUUCACAACGAGCCAACAGUGCCAGUAGUGUUACAUCCGGGCAAUUCCAAUCGUGGGUCGAGGCGGCAACCGACAACAGCGACUCCUACAUGCCUAACUCCUAUAUGCCUGCCACUAGCGAAUCCAUGCCAGCCUACAACCAAAAUACAGUAAUGAAUGAGUGUCGUGUAUCACCUUCAAUGAAAACGGAAAUGUCCGACAGUAAGCAGCUUCCGGUUGGAAGUUAUCCCAUACAACCUCGCUUCAAAGUGACCCAUUCACCUAUCCGCACCCCGCUCACAUCACUUAGCCGAAGUGUUGGCCACACAAACCUUAACAGAAAUUUUGAUUUGGACUAUAGCGAUAAAAUCCCUGUCGAAGAGUGGACAAUCACGAAAAGGCGGUCACAAUGCGAGUUUGAGAGUCAUUUUGAUAGAAGUGUCUACUCGCCGGGCAAACAACAAGACUCGAUGUUUUAUCGUAACAGGCAAGUAACAUACAGCACGAUUUAUUCAGGAGGUUUGCCAAGCCUACCGUACGAUUCCUACAACACACCUCAGCAGCAUCGGCCACCAUCAGACGGUUUCAACCUGGGUACGAGUUGGCCCGGUCGCCAUCCCCGAGGUAGUCCAAGCAUGGAGUACAGUUGGGAACACUGCAGUAGUACCAGCUCUUCAAGUAAACCUAUGGAAAAUAGAGAUUUAACAGGGAGACAAGGUGGUUAUAGGGAUUCUUCAUCAUGGUCAUCUGACCACGAAAGCCGACCCUCACCCAUUGCAGCUGCAACCCGCACUACCCUCGGCGACGUCUGCUGCUCAUUUCCGCCCAAACACACGCCGUUGAGAGAACCAAUCAAGAUGGACAUACAUGACGAUGUCAAACCGUGUCCAGCCGUCCUCGACAACUACCCGUCCAAAACUAGAUUGUCGAACCCACCUGAUCGCGUGCCGAGUUCGGUUUCGCCUUGUUUUCUUGAACUUAAAUCUUCCACGAACGUUUUGAAAGGCGUCAGCGACUCAGAAACAAAUUUGAACAUGACAGACAGCGAUCGUCAUGACAGCCGAAAAUCAGACUAUCACUGGCUCCGAUUUCAGGAACCGAUCACCCCAACCCCAACAUCGUUCGAUCGGGAUCCCUUCCCUUUCGAUCCGAUGCACACGAAUAAUUCAACCAAGGGUCCAAGAGCCGAAAUGCAAAUUCCUUGCAUGCAAAACUGUGACUAUGAUGCCAAUUUAAUUCCUGUGUACGGAGACCAGGCCGGUUCCUCAACCACAAAUGGUUAUCUAUCAGUUGCCAUUUGUUCCUCUCUAUCGCCUGCUUCCCUCUUCUCUCUCUCCCUCUCUCUCUAUCUCAGUCUGUUCAUAUCUAUCUAUCUAUCUAUCUAUCUAUCUAUCUAA